AUGACACCAGAAGAGCGUCUCGAGUACCUCUUUGCUGGCGUGAAUGAGCUGCUGAAGAUGGACACUCGUCUCAACCAAGAGAGAGCGCUCAAAGAAGCCAGUGGCAAGGAUACACGCUCUGAACAACCUUGUGCCGCCAAAGCCAAGCACGAGCAAGUUCACCCCGAAGAGGCCCAGCCUGAGGAACUACAGCCGGAGAGAAUCAUGCACAUAGAUAUCCAAACCGAGAUUGUCAAGCAUAAAGAAGACAAGUUCGAGGAAGGAAACUCCAAAGGCUUGAAGCCCGAGGAAACCGAUCUUGAGAAAAUCACUGCCGUUGAGAGCAACCUUGACGGACCAGAACUUGAAGACCUAGUGCUUGGUGACCUGAAGCAUGUCAGCAUUGACCCUGCGAAAUCCAGACGCGAAGAACCAAACAUCGAACAAUCUGAGUCUGAAGAACUCAUAGCGAGCAUCGAGGACUCGCACAAAGACACUAGUGACAAGAUCUUCGCACCCAUCAUCGCGCUCUCACGUUAUCCUUACAAAUUCAUCAAAGAUGAAGGCUUGUCCCAGCAGAUUGCCAGCCGGUUCUUCGACAAGAAUCAAUUCUGGGCUCGUAGCUGGGAUAUUUACUACCACUAUACACCAUCAAGCCUGGGCUGCCGACCCAUUCUACUCACCCCCGCAAGACACGCUCGCCGCUUUCUGGGCGAAAUUAACCGCGCUCUCAGCUGCACGCUCCAACUUCCCGCUGAGGCAGACAUGGGCAUGAUCCUCUCAUUCGACCAUGAUGCUUACCCCCAGCCUAUAUUCCUAGGGACGAGCACCAAUCGAGAGGCUAAGGACCGUCUUCAGGGUCGAGUGCCGCCCCCAACUGAGCACUAUCUUGACCCCUGGAAGGGCAUGGGUGACGAGCACAGAGAGCUAGCCGCCGCCUAUGAAGCCAUGCUAGAAGCCGCCUGCGACGUCUCAAAGAACAAGAAGAAGCCGAACGCGGCUCAGAAGCUCCAGCAGCGCAUCGAAAUUGAGCAUCGGCAGAAGGAAACGCUGCUCCGCGCGCAGCAGUACUUGGGGAUGCGGCCCGCGGGACCCAUCGACGAGUCGCUGAAAUACCUACCUCUCAACCCGGAUGCAGUAGCCCCGUUCGCAUUCUGGAAGGGACCCGUGUUCGUCAGUGUGGAUGUCGAGUGGAACGAGCGCUGCCACACCCAGAUCACAGAAGUGGGCCUCUCGGUGCUGGACACGCGCAAGCUGCACGACAUGCGGCCUUCUUCGACUGAUGGGGUGCUCUGGCGUAGGGCGAUCCAGUCCCAACAUUGGCGCGUGCGCGAGUACAGCCACAUAGUCAACAACGAUUUCGUGAGCGGCUGUCCUGGGAACUUUUUGUUUGGGGACAGUAAGUUCGUGGGGCUGGAGCAGCUGAAGGGGGUGGUGCAGGAGGCGUUCCAGCAUGCGGCUGUUGCCGAGAAGAAGCAGGAUGAAUCAAAGGACCGUCAUGUGGUGCUCGUUGGCCACAAUCUCGCCGCUGAUCUGGAGCACCUGCGCAGGAUCGGUGUGUCGUUGGAGAUGAUGAAAGAUUGCCUGGAUACUGCUUCGCUCGAUUGCUUUAUGCGUGCCGAUCCACAGCAGCAGCCUGUGCAACCCCGGUCCUUGGGGGCGGUAGUGACCGAUCUGGGACUGGAGCCAUGGCAUCUUCACAACGCGGGCAACGAUGCGCGCUAUAGUCUUGAGGCUUUGGUGGCCAUCAUUCUGGGUUACAAGGCUGACCAUUAA